ACAGGGUUAACAGAUUCCCGGGGGGUGAGGAUCCGGAUACAGAUGACAGUGCGGACGGCGUCUCAUGUUAUCCCGGCAGGUGCCAGCGAAACCAGAGACGCCCUGAUGCCACCUAUGGCUGCCGGGGGUAAGAUGAGCCGCCUGCGCUGCCCCCUCUGUCCUCAGGUACCUCAGGGGACAUAAUAGUCCUUUCUACCCGCUGUCGUGUUGCCAUGGUGACGGGGCAGGGAAGCGGGUACCAGCGCGGGGUUCUGUGGAUCGCAGUCGGUAUUUUAGGAUGGACGGUCACCGGCUGCGGCUCCUGCUCAUCCUGCACUUCUCCACAUUGAUCGGUGCGGGGCAGAGGAGCAUGCCGCGAAUUAUUGGGGGGUACUCGGUGUCGCCCUAUUCUACACGCUACCUGGUGUCUCUGAAGAGGAAUACGGGCCUGCACUUCUGCGGGGGGUCCCUGGUCAGCAGGUUCUGGGUCCUGACGGCCGCCCACUGCAAGAUCGAGCAGAACCAGAUGUUGGUCGUGGCCGGAGAAUAUUCCUUGUCCGUCUUCGAAGGAACGGAGCAGAUCUUCCGCCCGGCGAAGCUGGUGUGUCACCCAGAAUACAGCUCCGCCUCCAAGAACGCCGACAUCAUGCUGAUCAAGCUGAACCGCGCGGCCAUGUAUAACGCCUUCGUGUCUAUAGUGCCGCUCCCGGCGCAGGGGGUCUCGCCGGCAGAGGGUCGCCUGUGUCAGGUGUCAGGUUGGGGUUACACCAGCACGGUCAGCGGUAAAGCUUCCGACACUCUGCGCAGCGUCCGACUGCCCAUCGUCCCCCAAAGAAGGUGCAACAGCUCGGCCUCCUACUCCGGACACAUCACCAAGAACAUGAUCUGCGCCGGGUACAACAGCGGAGGCAAGGACGCCUGCCAGGGAGACUCCGGGGGCCCCCUGGUGUGUGAUGGACGAGUAUUUGGCGUCGUAUCCUGGGGUCACAGCUGUGCGAACCCCAACUACCCCGGGGUGUAUACAGCUGUGGCCAAUUUCCAGAAGUGGAUUUACAGGACAAUAUUUUAACCCCAGAUCUGAGCUGCAGUUUUGUGACACAACCUCGGGGAGCCAAAAUGGAGGCUGUGACCUCUGACCCCUCCCCCCAUACUGACCAUCACGCUGCAGUGGGGCAUGGCGGGUGGACUGGUGCUGCAUGGGGAAUGUCCUCCAUUUUAUAACCAUUGGGAGCAGAUUCUUCUAGGUGCUGGGAACAUGUAUAGAAGAAUUGUGGGGUUCAUAGGUCAGGGGUGAAGUGUCAGCAGAUUGUAUCCGUGAAUAAAGCGAUAA